AUGGGUACACACAAAACAAAACACCACACUCACUCUCACACGCUCCUCUUUCUCACUUCACUGUUCUUUUUCGUUUCCAUACCUACCUCACCUGCAGACAAUACAAAUUUGAUCUAUAAGGGUUGCGCCGACCAGAAAAUGCCAGACCCCUACUCGCAGAAUCUCAAACCGCUGUUAUCUUCCUUGGUGGCAGAGUCAGUGCAAAAGGGUUUCGCCGCGACUACGCAGAACGCGCUCACCGGCGCGUUCCAAUGCCGAGGGGACCUUACCAGCUCCGACUGCCACAGCUGCGUGUCCAAGAUUUUGGACAUGCUGGGGCGCCUGUGCGGCGGCGGAGAGCCCGCGGCAGCGGCGCGCGUCCAGCUCAGCGGGUGCUACCUCCGGUACGAGGUGGUCGGGUUUAAGCAGGUUCCCGCGACGCAGCUGCUUUACAAGGUUUGUGGGUCCCGCAGGGUGGUCGACGGCGGGGGGUUCGAGGCGAGGAGGGACGCGGCGUUUGGGAUGGCGGAGAACGGCGUGCAAAGCAGCGGGAACUUGUUCUACACUGGGAGUUACCAGAGCCUUUAUGUGUUGGGGCAGUGUGAGGGUAAUUUGGGAAAUGCAGAUUGUGGGGCUUGUAUUAGGAGUGCUGCGGAACAGACCAAGGAUCAGUGUGGCUACUCUAUUUCAGCGCAGGUUUAUCUUCAGAAUUGUUAUAUCAGUUACAGCUUUUACCCCAAUGGAGUUCCCACUUCCUCUUCUUCCUCGGAGGGAGGAGGGCAUCCGCACGCGGAGAGAACGGUGGCGCUUGCGGUGGGUGGGGUGGCGGCUCUGGGAUUCUUGAUUGUCUGCAUGCUAUUUCUGAAGUCGGUGUUCAAGAGAAGAGGUGGGAAGCGUUAG